CAACGCGCCGCACUGUUACAAUCACUUUUACGUAACUGAAGUGCGGUGACUCCACUCCGCGUAUUGCGAUUGACCCUCAAUCAGAGAGAGAGAGCCCCUGUCAGACCGUGGCGCUCCGCAGUUUAGUCAGCUUUGAUCCGGACAGUAACCGGAGGGCUCGAUCUUCACCGUGCCAGCACUUCGUGUGCGCAGCCUCGAUCAGCACAAAGAUCAUUCAAGACGGGCGGUCAAGCAUUUCCACUACCUACAGAACAUCAAUGAACUCGCGGUUUUUUCGCAAGACUCCGAACAAUUUCGACAUUGCCCUUCUUGUUGGAUGUUCCGUCGCUGGGCUUCGGAGAUGAGAUGUUGAGGCCCGAGGCGGCUCUCCACAGCGGGACACACCGGCUCUGCGACUUCGGCGUUCAGGCGGAGGGGCGUUAGGGCGCGGCUGCCAUGGCGAAGAGCGCGGAGGUGAAGCUGGCUGUGUUCGGCCGAGCCGGGGUGGGGAAAUCCGCUCUGGUGGUGCGCUUCCUGACCAAGCGCUUCAUCUGGGAAUACGACCCCACCCUCGAGUCAACAUAUCGUCAUCAAGCAAGUAUUGAUGAUGAGCUCGUCAGCAUGGAGAUCCUGGACACAGCUGGUCAGGAAGACAUGCUCCAGAGGGAGGGCCACAUCCGCUGGGGCGACGGCUUCGUGGUGGUCUACGACAUCACGGACCGGGGCAGCUUCGAGGACGUGGUGCCGCUGAAGAGCCUCCUGGAGGAGGCCAAGAAGCCCAAGAGCGCCACGCUGGUGCUGGUGGGCAACAAGGCGGACCUGGAGCACGCGCGGCAGGUGAGCACGGAGGAGGGCGAGCGCCUGGCGGCCGAGCUGUCCUGCGCCUUCUACGAGUGCUCGGCCUGCACGGGCGAGGGCUGCGUGAGCGAGCCCUUCCUGGAGCUGUGCCGCGAGGUGCGCCGCCGCCGCGCCGUCCAGGGCAAGGGCCGCCGCCGCAGCUCCACCACGCACGUCAAGCAGGCCAUCAACAAGAUGCUGACCAAGAUCAGCAGCUAGGGGGCGCCGUGCCCAACGCGAACGCUGCGGAGCACAAGCGAACUUAAAUCUCUAUGUAAAAAAAAAAAAAUGUAUUAAAAAAAAAAAAAAAAGU